GCCUCAUCCUCUUUGAUGCUGCGCCAACAGACGAUCACAACAAUCUCUGGGAUUAAUGAGCAUUCAAGUGAAAUAAUGAUGGACGAGAGCACAGAACUGUCUCUCACUAUCGCUCAAAUAGUACAGCGGCUCAAAGGGACUCAUUUACACUCUCAGCUGGAGAAACAGGCCAAAGAAUGUUUGCACAAUCCGGAGAUUAAACUAGAAUCACUUAAAGACGAUGUGCGGAGAUUGUUAAAGGCGUCAGGUUGGGAGAGAAAAUUACAAAAUGCAGUUUACAGGGAACUGCACAUUCUGCCUCCUCCUGGGCAUCCCAGAGCACCUCCAGAACACACCAAAGAGCCGCUGGCAUAUAUGCGCAAAGCCCAGGCGAGCUGGGAGAAGAGGAUCUUGAAAAGUUUGAACAGUAUGUGUACCGAGUUGGGAAUCCCACUGGCCAGGAAGAGACCGGUCCCAGAGCAGAAAGAGAUGACAAAUAAAUGGAAUGAGAUGGGAACUGAUGAUCCAGACCUAAGCAAAUUCAGACCUGUGUAUGCACCCAAAGACUUCCUUGAGGUGUUGAUUGGUUUAAGGAACCCUAAUAAUGAGCGUAGUGAAGAACUCACAGUCAGAAGCCAAUGGGGAUUAAUCCAAGUUUCCCUCAAUGUCCGUGACAUUCCUCAAACGAGGGAGACGUAUCCAGAACUGGGUCUUACUUAUGGGCAGCUUGGUAUAGAUGAUCACACACGUGUUCCUCCAGAUUUGUUUGAGAGUGAGCACAUUCACAUUGGAAAAAAAGUGGUGAGUGAGCAGGACAGCGCUGCAGCACAGCAGUACAGUAGACAGGGCUGCCCCACAGGUCUCAGAGCCCAGUUAUGGACUCUCAUCUUGAACUCCACUGACGAUCCUGAGGAAAUAACACAUUACGAACAGCUAAAGGCUAGAGUGAUACACAAUGCCCUACUGGUGGACAACCUAAUAUAUAAGGAUGUGAAGCUCACGGCAAGUAAUGACGAUUAUUACUUUGUAUUUGAGGACUAUUUAUAUCAGGUUUUGCUAUGUUUCUCUCGAGACACUGCAGUCCUGGAGCAUUUCAACUACAACAGUGCUAUGCCACCUAAAUCUUGCAUCCAAAGCAAAUCUGGUUCAGAGCAUUUUGCUGUGGUUUACCCCCCAAAUGGUGUCAUCCCAUUUCAUGGCUUCUCAAUGUAUGUGGCCCCUCUGUGUUUUUUAUAUAAUGAGCCGUCUAAGUUGUACAGCGUGUUCAGGGAGAUGUAUAUCCGCUACUUCUUCAGACUGCACUCUAUCUCCUCACAUCCAUCUGGUGUAGUGUCACUGUGCUUGCAGUUUGAGAGAUUACUGCAGACCCACCUUCCUCAGCUUUUCUACCAUCUACGGGAGAUAGGAGCCCAACCAUUGCGAAUUGCCUUUAAGUGGAUUGUCCGAGCCUUCUCUGGAUACCUGUCCACUGAUCAGCUGUUGUUGUUGUGGGACCGUAUCCUAGGAUAUGAUUCCUUAGAGAUAGUGGCAGUCCUGGCUGCUGCAGUCUUUGCCUUCCGAGCCGAAAACCUAAUGGAAGUGACAUCAUUGGCAUCGGCAGAGGCUGUUCUUGCUGACCUCUCAACCCUGAAGGUAAUGCCCCUGCUGCAGAUCUUCCUUUUCGCCACUGCUGUCUGAGGAGCCUGACUUUUAUGUUUGUGUGUUGGUGGCUGGGUGCACCAGUCCAAAAGACACCUUUAAAUAAAGAAAUGGACUUUUGUA